AUGUCAACAAUAUCAACGAUAACAAUUGUUAUAAUAAUCCCACGAAAUGUACAGCAUCCAGAAGGAGUGGGGUAUUCGACAGGAGUUGACGGCGGCGCCCCAACGUCAUCUAGCAAACCUCCUCACAAAAAAACAACUACACUCACCACCACACUGCGUAAAACUGGAAGUUUUGGAAAUCUGAGACGACAAUGCGAUAGGGGAGCAGUACGAGCGACUGAUGAAGGACAUAUUAAAGAUCGAUCGGAAUCGAGAAGCUACUCACAUCUACCGAUGAGAAGGAAUAGCACUCAAAAGGAGGAGGCUGAAAAGUUGGAUACGGAGAGCGACAAUGAGAAAAGAAGAGAGAACAAAGAUAGAAGUUUGUUUCCGAGCAGGACUCUGCCCAUCACUGAAAAUGAUGAUAAUCCUCAGGAACAAUUUCGACCACAUAUGAUUAUUGGCCAAGCUGAAAUGCUGCAAAAACUCGAGGAAGCAUAUCAGAGAGAAUUACGAAUGGAGGAAAGGUUCAAGCAAAAGUUGAAAGAGUAUCGCUUGAUUGAAGAGGAAAAUGAACGACUGUUGAGUCGAAUCAAAGAUGUGGAAAAUGGUUUGAGUAAAGCUGAAGAGAAUUAUACACGAGAUAAACGGGCGUUGAUGGAAGAAAUUGUAGAAUUACAGAGGCGAUUAGACGAUUUGACACCUUCCUUGGCUGAUAAGGAAUCGUACAUAGCAAAAUUAGAGAAUGAAAAAGAUUUGUUGAUGAAGAAAGUACGUAAUGCAACAAAUCAGUUGAAUGAUUUGCAGAGUAAUCAUCCACGUAUUAAGGCUAAGUUUGAUGAGCAAAAGCGUGAAGAAGUGAUUUUAUCAAAUUUGGAAAUUGAGCGACGAGAAGAAAUCGAAAAAUUAGCGAAAAAUAUUCGUAAACUAGAGAAUGAAUUGAGUGAGAACAAAGAAAAAGAACGAUCUUUCAUGGAAGAGAUUGCCGCCGGAAGGCGAUCACUAAGGGAGGAACAGCUGAGGGCUAAAAAGGAUAAAGCGCUCACUGAAAAGGCACUCGAAGAGAACAACGCAUUGAUAAUGGAGAAUUCGCAUUUGUCUGCACAAAUCACGAAACUCGAGAUGAAUAUUGAAGAUCUACUGCAAGAAAAUUCAGUCAAAAAAGAUAAUGCAUUCAAUUCGAGUCAACUGAACGAGCUGAAAGAAACUGAAAAAUCGUUACGUACUCAGUUGAGUCGCUAUGAAGAGAAAUUGCGAAGUGAACAAGAGAAAAUCAAAUAUUUGGAAUCAGAGAUAGAAGAAUAUAAGAAAGUUGAAAAUGAACGAAGGGAAAGUCGAUCGAGGAUGCAAAAAGAAUUGGAGGCAUUACAGACAUUAUCAAAAUCACUGUCAAAUGAGAAUAAAAUGUUAAGACAACAAAAAAUGAGUUUAAACGAAAAAUGUGAUGAAUUCAUGAGAAAGGGUAACGCAUUAACGAAUGAAUUGACAACAUUAAAGCAUGAAUUCAAUUUGGUUAUGGAAAAGAACAGAGAUUUGAUGGAAAAGGAAAAUACGAUAACCGAUGAAAAUUCUAAGCUGAAACGCGAGAUCAUUGUGUUGAGUGAGAAGAAUCGGGAAUUCAAGGACAAGAUGGAUGUAAAGAAAGAUGAAUCGCUCACGUUCAAAGAUGAACUGAAGAGUUUAUCUGAUAAAAAUCGUGAAUUACAAAAUAGAAUCUCUGAAAAAGACAAUGAAAUUCGGAUGUACAAAGAACGCUGUGAGACAAGCGAUGAACAAUACCGACGGUUGUUAGUGCAGUUCGAGCGUGAGACAACGCUUCAGAAUGAAAGGGCUCGGGAGUAUGAGCAGUUAGCGUCGAGAGUGCGAGAACUGUCCGCUUCACUGACGCCUGAAUUGAGACGCUCUUCAACGUCUUGCAGACAAUCGCAUAUUCCUGUUCCUCUUGCCGACUCUAAUUCGGAUUCGAAGGUUAUCUUGAAUGAGAUUCCAAUUUAUUUUCAUUUAUUGGCACUAGUAUUGCAUCAAAUUUCGUGUUAG